AUGGAGGCGCCGCCGCAGGAGGGCGAGGCCGAGGUCGCUGAGCAGCCGCUGACUGAGGGGAAGAGCCUGUGCAUGGCCGAGGCCGAGACAGCUGAGCAGCCGCUGACUGAGGCGGAGGAGGAGGUGGCCGCCGAGGCGACGGGGCUCCAGAGCGUACAGCAGCGGCUGUGGCACCUCUUCCAGAUCUCAGCUACCGCCGUGGCCCAGCUCUACAAAGAUUCCGGGUGCCAACAGCCGGAACGGUCCCUGUGGGACCCCUUCCAGAACGCGGCGGUGGCCGUGACCAGCCUCUACAAAGAGAGCGGGGAUGCCCACCAACGAAGUUUUGACCUGGGUGUUCAGGUGGGCUGCCAGCGUCGCGUCAGGGACGUGCUGGAAUGGGCGCAGAAGGGCCAGAGCAUCAUUCGCCGGGAAGACCUGAUUAGUUUCCUGUGUGGCAAAGGGCCGCCCUCCCCACCAUCACCGCGUGCCCACAGGAGACCCCCAAAGCCGCCCGCUGAGGCUCCAGGCCAGACGGCGACCACGGAGGCCGGCUCGUCGGUGGACGUCGACCUACAGCCAUUCCACGAGGCCAUCGCUCUGCAUGGCCUCAACGGGGCCAUGGCCAGCAUCAGCGUGCCAUCUGGCGCCCCCGGCUCCCCUCCACAUGACAACGGUGGGGCGCGCCGAAAAUAUAGCUUCCUGGACGACAACAUAAGCCCCUUGGACUCGGAAGAAGUAGCCCUGCGCCUGGACAGUACCGGGGCCCGCAAGCGCCCCUCGACCCAGUGCAGCGAUGGCCUGACAGACUCUCCGACCCACAAGCGCAACAGAAUGGUCUAA